AUGGCGAUUCAGGGCAACCAGAAGCUCCAGAGCAACCACUUCCGCAAGGAUUGGCAGCGCCGGGUUCGCACCCACUUCGACCAGCCCGGCAAGAAGCUCAGCCGCAGACAUGCCCGCCAGGCCAAGGCCGCCGCGGUCGCUCCCCGCCCUGUCGACUCCCUGCGCCCCAUCGUGAGGUGCCCUACCAUCAAGUACAACCGCAAGGUUCGCGCCGGCCGUGGUUUCUCCCUGGCCGAGCUCAAGGAGGCCGGCAUCCCCCGCCGCUUCGCCCAGACCAUCGGCAUCUCCGUCGACGGCCGCCGCCAGAACCUCUCUGAGGAGGGCCUCGCCGCCAACGUCGCCCGCCUCAAGGCCUACCAGGAGCGCCUUGUCCUCUUCCCCCGCAAGGCCGGCAAGGCCAAGAAGGGUGACUCCACCGAGACCGACCUGUCCAAGAUCGAGACCGCCUCCCACAUCGCCAAGGCCCUGCCUUUCGCCCCCGUCGCGUCUGGCUUCUCCGAGAUCAAGAAGUCCGAGAUCCCCGCUGCCGUCGAGGGCGGUGCCUUCAAGGCCCUCCGCCACGCUCGCAGCGAGAAGCGCAACCAGGGCAAGCGCGAGAAGCGUGCCAAGGACAAGGCCGACGCCGAGGCUGCGGCCAAGAAAUAA